CUUGGUUCAAGUCGGGAUAUUUGGUCUCCCCGUCUUCGAAGGAUUUACCGCCGGCUUGUGCCGCCCAGAGCCCAGAGCACUCAGCAAAACGCGCGCAGGGAUGGCCUCGCUCGGCAUGCUGGCGCGACUGCACCUUCUGGCGGCUGCCGUGGAGAUUGCCCAGGCCACCAGGCCAGUCCCGGGCGGAACGUGCCUCGCUCAGCACCGGAGCCACAGCCUCAUUCGUGCCGCUGCCGAGCGAAAGACGGAGCAGUGCUACGCGGAGCUUCCAGGCCUGGCAGUGGCCGAGGGCAACGGUGUGGGUGGGGAGGUCUCCGCCUCGUCCGCGAGCGACUGCCAGGUGGCAUGUGAUGCUCAGGAAGGAUGCAACAGCUUCAGCCUCUGCCCGCUGUGGAGUGGCUGCUACCUGAAGGACCAAAGCUUCUCGGGCAGCGAGGCAACCAGGGAGCACAACGGCUGCACAACCUUCUACAGGACUGCGUGUGGCUCCACCGCUACUCCUACACCUUCGGCCACGACGGAUGCGCUGGACUGCUACGGGGAGCUUGACGGCCUGGCGACCGAGGAGGGAAACGGUGUGGAGGGUGAUAUAUCUACCACGUCGUCUGCUGAGUGCAUGGCGGGGUGCUCAGCCAACUCGAACUGCAUGAGCAUCAGCUUCUGCCCGCAGUGGAGUGGCUGCUGGCUGAAAGAUCGUAGCUUCUCGGGCAGCGAGUCCACCAGGGAGCACUUCGGGUGCAGGACCCUCUACAAGCGCUCGUGCAGCUCGGCACCAGCGCCCUCACCUGCACCCACGCCUACGCCUACGCCAGAGGCCACGGUGUUGCCUACGCCUGCGCCCACACCUGUACCCACGCAGGCACCCACGCCUGCGCCUACGCCAGCGCCUACGCCGUUGCCUACGCCUGUGCUCACAUCUGCACCCACGCAGGCACCUGCGCUGGCGCCCACGCCAAUGCCAACGCCUGCACCCACGCUGGAGUCCACGCCUGUGCCCACAGUGGCAGACGACUGCUACGGGGAGCUUGACGGCCUGGCGAUCGACGAGGGAAACGGUGUGGAGGGUGAUAUAUCUACCACGUCGCCCGAACGUUGCAUGGCGCGCUGCUCUGCUCACACGAACUGCAAGAGCGUAAGCUUCUGUCCGCAGUGGAGCGGCUGCUGGCUGAAAGACCGGAGUUUCUCGGGUAGCGAGCCCACCAGGGAGCAUUCAGAGUGCAGGACCCUCUACAAGCGCGCGUGCAGCCCCACGCCAGCGCCCGCCCCGACGCCGACGGCCGCGCCGGGAGCGGCGCCCUACUGUGGCAUCGCUGUGGACGUCUACACCUGCCGUGAGGAGGUUGCGCUCCUCGAGGCGAUCGACCCAGCGGUCGGGAGCAGCUUCAAGCACAUGUGCAUGGGCUACGGGGGCACCCACCCGCCGUCCUGGAAUGGCUUGACUCCCGAGGACAGAGACAUGUGCACCCUGAACAUCAACAACGACUGCAGCCACUGGUACCAAGACACGAUGGGGGCGUGGCAGUGCGCCAGGGACUACGGGCUCAGCAAGAGCCCGGACGAUUGCGGCGGCCGCUACCUUUUCCUGUGGGACGAGCCCAUGACGCAGGGGCUCAGCGCCGAGUGGGCAGCGGACCAGUGGAAGACGCAUGUGGACAAAUGGACCCCAGAGAUGGCGGCGCUGCGCAAUCGCGGCACGCGCGUGACCAGCCCACUGUUCACUGACAACGGCGGGGCCGCCCAGGACAAGCUGCAGAGGUUCUUUGCGCACUGCGGCCCCGCGUGCAGCGACCCCGCCUCGCCGUACUACGUGGACGUGCUGGCCACGAACCAGUGGCUGCUGAGCCCGUCGAGCGCCCACCCCGACCAGGAGGAGUGGAUCAAGCGCGAGGUGGCCGCGAUGAGCGAGGCGAACAGCGGCCGGCCCGUCAUCCUGGGCAACUUUGCCUGGCUUGGGGGGACCACGGCCGACCAGGCAGCGGAGGCCAUCAGGAGCAGCCGCAUCUGGGACCGGUCGUGGUCGGGGCUGGAGGCCGUCUUCUAUUUCGGGGACUUCGGCGCGGGCACGGUGCACCACCGCCUCUGGGACACGACCAGCGGCGGGACGACGGUGGCCGCUGUGCUGGUGGAGCGCUGCAGGGCCUACAACCAGUGAGCGGCGGACCCUGCGGGUGCGCCGUGGGGUUUGAGGACCCAGGAAGUAGGGAAACGCACUCUGGGAGAGAUGCGUGCAGUAGCGGUAUCGAUACUUUUGCACGGGUAAGCGUGAGGCUCGAGUGCACUGGAACUCGGCUUUGCUGGCCUCUUUUGACAAGCCCGUCCUGGAUUGCGACGGUGUAGUUUUUGUGAGAGUCUGCAGCGGUCUCGUCAUUUUCAUGAUGGCGCCGUCUGGCCAACCCGAAUGUGGCCGGACUCCAUGGCGUCGGAGGCUCGCGAGGCCUCGCCGACGCACCGGCGAUGCAGCGCGGUGCCGCGAGCACGGCGUGUGAGGCGUCCCGGUGCGUCGCCGGCGCGUCGGCGGUGCGGAGCGGCCUUGUGCGAUGCCAAGCUGCUCCGGCCCCGCGCGGGCGGCCUCUCCAGAGGAGGAGGGGCG